CACCGAUAAUAAUAAUACCAAGAAAAAAUACUUUUUCUCGUAAUAAAAUCAAACCAAUAAAAAUAAUCAAAAGUGAAAAUUAAAAAAAAAAAAAAAUAGGCAUAAUAAUAAGUUACCAAAAAAACAAGUGCAAAAUGUUCCGGAAACAAAAUAACAGUUCUUUACCUUGACUCCUAACAAAACCUAAAAAUUUUGACAGUUGACGGAAAUAAAAAAAAAAUAGCAAUAACAGAAAAAUAAUGUUUCCUACAGAGAUUUGGGAGCUGAUAAUAAAUUUCAUAGAUGACCCGGGGGACCUUAUGCGGCUGAGGUGCGUUUGCCGGAAAUUCCACGACCUGAUCGAGGUGAAGCUAGUGAACUCUAAGUUAUGGGAGAAUUUGUGUUUGGAGCACAAUAUUUUGCCCUGGAAGGAUCACAUCGUCAGGACGAGGUUCCCAAAGGUUGUAAAUAACAACAACUUCUCCGUGGAUCUCCACCAGCGCACCUGGAAAAGGUUUUUUUUUUCCUACAAAAAGUGGUCCGUUUUACCCAAAGUUGAGAAGAAGUAUGAUAGCUUUGAUUUUGGUGGAAAAUUUAGUGACGGAAAUGCCUUAAUUACUUGUACUAGUAUUUGGAAAAACUGUCUGGCUGUAGGAACAAGCAAUGGAUUUAUUCAUUACGCGAAUGUAAAUAAUGAGAAGCCCCUGAAAAUAAUAUUUUCUUUAAAUAAUGAGCAAGCGUUAAUGCAAAUUCAUUUUUGGUAUACAGAUUCUAAAAAAUUAUUAAUGGCAUCUUUAUCGAAUAAUUAUGACCUUAAAUUUUGGGACAUUGACAAACGACAACUUAUAUCAACUUCUUCGUUUACAGCAACAAAUAUAUGCGUUGGAUUAACGCAUCGUUUUUUCUCUGAGUGGAACUGCCGAAUCACGGAACACGAAUGGAACGCCCCCCAUCUGUCAGUCAAGCGUUCCUUCGACUUUUGCUGUCCUAACCAUGGCGAUUGUACGAGAAAAAUAUUGGCAAUGUACCACGACGACAACGGAUUGAUACUGAAAGCGUUGGCGGACUCGAUAUACAUAUUUACCUACACAAUAGACUUCCUAGAGAACGGGAGGCGGAACAUAACAAUUACCGAGUUCUACAAAUUGCAUCCGGAUAGCAUUGAGGCUACUGAUUUGUUCAUAAGGUACAUUGCGAUAAACAAAGUUGCCUUUGUUGCGGAUAACAAACACCUGUAUAUUUUAUUCGACGGUCUGGGAACAAAGAUGUCGGAUGAGAACUACAGCACUCGCGGCCCCUACCGGCGGUUCCAGAUUCCUGUUUCUUCUAUUAUCAUGCAUUCAAAUUUGAUAAUUAUGGGACUUACUGACGGUACGCUGUGCCUCAAAUAUUUCAAUGAAUUCAAGGACCUGGACACCGUUAAUUUCCGGGUGGGUUCGUUCAGGACGGUGAAGCUCGACACCAAGCCGAUAAUUUCUCUGAACAUAACCGAUUUUAACGGGAAUCCCAGUGUAAUUGCAAGUACAGAAUCUACUGUACAUCUCUUGCAUUACUUGUCGAAAGUGUAAAUUACCUGUUAAUACAAUGACUAUUAUUAUUUAAGUUAUUAAUUAUUAAUAAUUAAUUGAUAGUAUUUGAGUACUAUUUAAAUAAAUU